AUGCCUCGCAACGCUAAGAAGAUCAAGAAUGCCCCUCCCCCGCGUUCUCGGGGGCCCGGCAAACCAUCCGGCCCAUCAUCUGGCUCUGGCAAGGGACAGCAGCAUGGCAAUGGUCAGAAUCAGGGCAAUGGCAGUGGUAAUGCGCCGAAAAAGGCCUCCCUGCAAGCAAAUCAGAGACCUAUUGUGCCAUUUUUGAGGAAAGAUCGCAUUCUCCUGGUUGGUGAAGGUGAUUUCUCAUUUGCCCGCUCUCUGGCAACUCAAUACAAAUGUCGCAAUCUCUGCGCGACAUGCUAUGACUCCAAGGAGGUGCUAUACAACAAAUACCCCCAAACUCCACAACAUGUCCAGGACAUCCUGAACGCAGCAUCAAAGAAGCCAACCGAUACCAGCGACGACACCGAAAAACAGUCUGAAGAGGACCAGGCCGAAGACCAGGCCUCAACAAAACCCAAUCCCAACCAGCAGACCCCCAAAGUCCUCUUCUCUGUGGACGCACGCAAACUCGGCGCACCGCCAGGAGGCGGCAGAGAAAUCCGCACAGGAUUCGCGCGCCGCGAACGCAAGAGACCAGCAUGGUACCAGCCUACAGCGCCAGAACCACCUUACCAGGCGGGCGGACCGUGGGAUGUAAUUUGCUUCAAUUUCCCGCAUGUGGGCGGGCUCUCGACGGACGUGAAUCGACAGGUGCGGUCGAACCAGGAGCUGUUGGUUGCGUUUUUCAAGGCAUGUGUGCCGCUUCUUUCCAAGCCGCCACCGCUUAUGGAUGCUGAUGAAGAUGAGUGGGUUUAUGAGGAUGGGGAGGAGAGUGAGGAUGAAGACGAAGAUGAAGAACAGGAGGAGGGUAAAGAUGAUGAGACUACUGGGAAGGGAUUCCGGACUGGGCCUGGUCAGAUUCUUGUCAGUCUAUUUGAGGGGGAGCCUUAUACGCUUUGGAAUAUCAAGGAUUUGGCGAGACAUGCCGGUCUGGUUGUUGUGACUAGUUUCCGGUUUCCUUGGUCUUCUUAUGAGGGAUACUCGCAUGCGAGAACGGCGGGGCAUAUUGAAGGAAAGGAUGGGGAGCGUGGAGGAUGGAAGGGGGAGGAUCGAGAGGCUCGGAUGUAUGUCUUUGAGGUGAAGCAGAAGGUGCCUGUCAAGAAGGGAGGAAAGAAGAGGGGUAGAGAUGAGGAUUCCAGUGAUAGCGAAUAG